AACGGGGAGCUGCGCUGCGCGGGGUUCCCCUCGCGCCUUCUCUUGCUUCUUCGCGCUCGCACUUGCCGAGUCUCGGCGCUUUCCCCUCGUCUCCAGUGCUCGCCAGACAGCGAUACAUUUUAAGAAUGGCGGAAGCCCAUCAAGCAGUUGCGUUUCAGUUUACUGUAACACCAGAUGGAAUUGAUUUGCGCAUGAGCCAUGAAGCGCUCAGGCAGAUCUAUCUGUCUGGUCUCUAUUCCUGGAAGAAGAAGUUCAUCAGAUUCAAGAAUGGCAUUAUCACAGGAGUCUAUCCUGCUAGUCCAUCCAGUUGGCUUAUUGUCAUGGUAGGAGUAAUGUCAACAAUGUAUGCAAAAAUAGAUCCUUCACUGGGAAUAAUAGCUAAAAUCAACCGGACCCUGGAUACAACUGGCUAUAUGUCCAACCAAACACAGAAUAUUGUCAGUGGGAUUCUGUUUGGGACGGGGCUAUGGGUGACUCUUAUUUUCUCAAUGCGCUACUCACUGAAGAUGCUACUUUCGUACCACGGUUGGAUAUUUGCAGAGUAUGGAAAACUUUCUACAGGAACCAGGAUAUGGAUGGCACUUGUGAAACUUUUUUCUGGUUGUAAACCGAUGCUGUAUAGCUUUCAGACCACUCUACCACGCCUUCCUGUUCCAGCUGUUAAGGAUACUGUAAAUAGGUAUUUAGAAUCAGUCCGUCCACUUAUGAACAAUGAAGAAUUUAAAAGAAUGGAAGGUCUUGGCAAAAAUUUUGCUGCAAAUCUGGGACCAAAGUUACAGUGGUAUCUGAAGUUAAAGUCUUGGUGGGCUACAAAUUAUGUUAGUGAUUGGUGGGAAGAGUACAUUUAUCUUCGAGGACGUGGGCCUAUUAUGGUAAACAGUAAUUACUUUGCAAUGGAUUUGCUGUAUUUUACUCCGACUGCUGUGCAGGCAGCUAGAGCUGGCAAUGUUAUCCAUGCUAUCUUGCUAUAUAGAAGAAAACUGGACAGACAACAAAUCCAGCCAAUUCUUCUGAUGGGAUCCACUGUUCCACUCUGCUCAGCUCAAUGGGAGAGGAUGUUUAAUACCUCCCGUAUUCCAGGAAUUGAAACAGACACUAUCCAGCAUUUGAAGGACAGCAAACAUAUUGCUGUGUAUCAUAAGGGAUGCUAUUACAAAGUAUGGUUGUAUUAUGAUGGCAGACUACUAAAACCCAGGGAGAUUGAGCAGCAGAUACAGUGGAUUCUAGAUGACAAAUCUGAGCCUCAGCCAGGUGAAGAGAAGUUAGCAGCUCUUACUGCUGGAGACAGAGUUCCUUGGGCUAAAGCUCGCCAAACAUACUUUGCAAGGGGAAAGAACAAGCAGUCACUGGAUGUGGUCGAAAAGGCUGCUUUCUUUGUUACUUUGGAUGAUACUGCUCAAGGUUACAGAGAAGAGGACCCAGGGACAUCAAUGGAUGCCUAUGCAAAGGCACUCCUACAUGGCAAAUGCUAUGACAGGUGGUUUGACAAGUCAUUUACUCUCAUAGUGUUCAAAAAUGGUAAAAUGGGCCUGAAUGCUGAACACUCUUGGGCAGAUGCCCCAAUUGUUGGACAUCUUUGGGAGAAUGUCAUGUAUUCUGACUGUCUUGAAUUGGGAUACACAGAAGAGGGGCACUGCAAAGGAGAGGUCACUUUAGGCAUUCCGAUGCCUACCAAACUGCAGUGGGAAAUCCCUGAAGAGUGCCAAGAAGUCAUUGAGAAAUCUUUUGACAUUGCAAGGCCAUUAGCAGAGGAUGUGGAUUUUCAUUCUUUUCCUUUUGAUGCAUUUGGGAAAGGAUUAAUGAAGAAAACCAAAACUAGUCCUGAUGCAUUUGUGCAACUUGCUUUGCAGCUUGCUCAUUAUCGGGACAUGGGAAAAUUUUGCUUAACAUACGAAGCAUCUAUGACCCGCCUAUUUAGAGAAGGUAGAACAGAAACAGUUCGCUCAUGUACUGUCCAGUCAUGCAAAUUUGUGAAAGCUAUGGAAGACUCUAAUGAAAAUCCUGAAACAAAGCGUAUGCUAUUCAAGGCGGCUGCUGCUAAUCAUCAGCACUUGUAUCGUCUUGCCAUGACUGGUGCUGGCAUUGAUCGUCACCUUUUCUGUCUUUAUGUGGUCUCCAAAUACCUUGCUGUUGAAUCUCCUUUCUUAAAAGAAGUUUUGGCAGAGCCAUGGAGACUUUCAACAAGUCAGACACCUCAACAACAGAUCGACCUGAAUAAGAAUCCUGAAAUGGAGUCCAGUGGUGGAGGCUUUGGACCUGUUGCUGAUGAUGGUUAUGGUGUGUCUUACAUUAUUGUGGGUGAUAAUCUCAUCAAUUUCCAUGUAUCCAGCAAAUUUUCCUGUACUGAAACAGAUUCCCAUCGCUUUGGGAAAAACAUCAAACAAGCAUUGUGUGACAUCCGUGACUUGUUUCAUAUUGGCAAAAACUCUACUAAAUGAUUUUUCUAAUAGCAGAACAACUAGUUGGCCAAUGUUAGAGAUGAGAACUCUUCUGUACAGUGACUGAAAAUAAGGUAUGCUAAGCAGCAAUCCAUUCCCAGGUGUAUAAACAAGCAUUCUUGUGUUGUUUCCAAGGUCCAUCACUUCAGUUAUUCAGAAGAAUUUUCUUUUUCAUGAGAAAUGACUGUUGAGAUUUUUAUAUUUGCAGGGGAAUUACAAAAUGACAUUUAUUCCUGGCUUGUCUUAAUUUAAAAAUGUCUUAUUUGUAUUCUAUAAAUUAAGAGAAUGUGUAUGUGUAUUCCAAUCUCAUGCUAAUAGAAAAAUAUGACUUGAACUGUAACGUUAGCAGACAUGAAUUCAUUUAAUUGUUACUAUUGUUUAUCAGAAAGUAACAAUUUAGGACAUACACCAUAAAUAAAGGCCAUUAAGUUGAACAUUUUAAAAUAUCUGGCAAAUAUAGUAAAUUGUGCUUAGUGGGGAGAAAAUACUUUCCUACUUGGAAUUUAGCCUGUGUUGUUACUUAAAAUGUCAGAUAAGGCUUUUUAUUUAUACAGGUUUAAAGCCUGUAAUCGUCUGCUAAAUUUCAAAAAUGGAAUUAUCGAAUUUGGAAAAUAAGAAUUGUUGAAUUUGCAGUAAUGCUGGGUAUAAUGUAAGCAGAUAAAAAUGAGUAUGUUUCCAUGAAGUCUCACAAGCAAUUUUCAUUUGUAUUAAGAUAACAAAAGCUAUUUCUUACGAGAAUAAUUUUUACACUGUUACAAAAAAAGAGAGGUUACUAUUUUCAAGAGGAGUUUAUUCAGUUAAAGUUGUUUCAUCCCAUAACUCUUUGUGCAUUACAGUUAAUCAUCUGAUUUAAAACCUGUUGGACAAUCUACAGUGCAAAGACCAGUCAAACCAGUUUGACCACCUUCUGCCUUAAGAAAUUAUCAUAUAUGCAUUCAUAAAAAGUCAUUAAUAUAAUAAAUACCUAACACUUAAGUCAGUCAUAGAUUAAAUUGGAGUUAUGAUCUCAAGAUUAUUUUUUAAAAUGUAGAGUGUGCGACAAAUCAUGAAUGGUAUUACUAGAGAAUCUGUAUUAGAAAUUACAAGGAAAAAAGGUAAUUGGUCUCAUGCCUGGCAGGAAUUUCAUUUAGGAUCCAGAAAAUACAAACAUUUCAAAAAUCGAACAAUGAAGUCUUCUAAAUAGUCUUUGUAUAAGACUUAAAAGGCCUUGUGCAUCAAUUAUUUCUGUUUCUCCAAAUGUAACAGCUUUGACAAAGAUCAAGCAACAAAUAUUAAGGUUAAUCUAAUGAAGUCCUGAUGUUCCAGAGCUUUUAAUAAUUAGAACAAAUGGAGAUGUGGGACUGAAGUUGCCCUCCUGAGAAUUUGUUACUUUGGCUUCAAUUAAUGAAAAUCAGAUACAUUGUUUCUAAAUAAAUAUUGACAUAUAAAACUGCACAAGAAUAGAUGGGGCAUGUUUUAUAUGAUCAAGUAUGGUAAACAUCAUGAAAAUUAUGGGAAAAAAUAAAGCAUUGGAUGCCAUGGUGCAUUCUAAAGUCAGUGUUCUGGACUGUUAAGUAUAUGCUUUUAUUUUAACAACUGACCAGUCUCUAUUCUAAAGAUCUUUUUUUUUUAUCAAAAGCAUCAUUAGGUUUGACUCAGGUUUUAGAUAUUUCAAUUGUAAACAUGUUUAAUUAGUGCAUUAUCAAUGCAAUUUUUCAUUCUUUAAGGGAAUGUAAAUGUAUAAUUGGCUGAAGUUAACAUGAAUUUUACUGUAAGUGAUUGAAAGGUUAAGUGUCAUUUUUUUAAAAAAAAUUUGACUCAAUUUCUAAACUUGGUUUAUAUCCUCUUAGAAUGUCAAUGCAUGUAAAUAAUACUGCUUUUGGUUGUAAAACACAUAGUAAACAGCUUAUUCUUAAUAAACAAAUUGAUAUUAUUUAAAAGUGUGAAUUUUAUAUUAGAGAUAUGAACUGUUCUCAUUAUUCAUAGCUUUCAUAGAAAUUACUAUUGAAAUUCAUUUUGAAAGAAUUGGGUUGACCAUAUUUAGUCUUUAAAAAUAUAUGUAAUGUAACAACAAAAACUAGUAGAUAAGGAUUUGCUUGUCCACAUAUGUACAAGUAUAAAACAGACAUUAUAAAACACCAAAGGUUUCCCAAGGGAUGCUUAAACAAUGUUUUCCAAUUUCCCUUAUUCAUCACUUGAAAAUAAAACUGAUACUGGUUAGUAUUUAAAAUUGACUCCAUUAAAUGUUCUAUUUUGUAUUA